AGCUGAAAUUAAUUACAUGUGUUAUUGUUAUGUUAGGAAAUAACAAAUAUUUGUGUUCGGUGUCUUAUUAUUUGGUCAUAAACAAAGUAAAUAACCCUAUGUGAUAAGUUAUGAGAUGUUUUAGUGAAGUAUUUAAUUUCAAUUUGUUUAGAACCAUUUUGACAUCCGAGUUAUCUAGCAUAAGCCAUAAAAGUUAGUUUAGAAGGGGAAAGUUUAAAUUGUCAAAUUCUGAUUAAAUACUGAUUUGUUAAUUAAUCGCUAAUUAGUAUUAUCACUAUCAUUUUUAUCGAUAAUGGCUUCUUGUUCUACUGACACAGCAAGAUUUGAGGCAGUCCCAGGUCCUUCUAGAGAUAAUUUCUCAGGAGAUUCAGAAGAAAAUUUUGAGUUUGAGCACGCAUCGUGUUUUAUCUGCAAUGGAUAUUAUGGACCCUGUUUUGAAGAACCAGUGUGUGCUACAUGUCACACAUUUUUGUUCCCGGAGGAGUUGGGCAGUGCUCAAGACAUUCCCGUUUUUAGUGAUAAAACUGAUGAUGGAGAUUCUGGAAAUGAUGAACCAACAGACCUAUUUAGUGGACCAGAAAGAAGAAGUUCUAAUCAGGGAGGGGCUCCUCAGCCUGCUCCACCAUCCACUCCCCCACCCCGUCCUGACCCCUUAGCCCAUCGCCUGGAACUGCUCACCACCCCGCGUGAGCCCGAUAACUGCUCGCCACACAUUGUUGAAUGUUUGCCUCCAGAAGUGUUGUUGGCAGUAUUCUCGUAUCUUGACGAUAUUUCGCUGUGGUGUGUGGGAAAUGUGUGUAAGCGUUGGAGACAGGUGCUCCAGUCUUAUAAAACAGGAGAGUCGUGGCACACCUACACAUUGCGUAGGUGGCCUCUGUACAAGCCUAUUUGUAACGUACAAGACUGGUUCUCUGUCUACACUAAGCUCAUUGACAGCUGUCCCUGCAAGAUUUGCUUGGUCCAAAUGUCACAACAGCUGCAGCCAGUUGGUGAGGAGAACUCUUGGCGAAGACACCGACUCCGCAACGAACUGAAAAGUCUGCAGAUAGACCCACCGGAGGGCAUUGAAGUGCUUCCUCUAGACACGAAGAGCUGUCACUGGAUGGCCACAAUAACUGGACCAGUCGGCAGUCCUUAUGAAGGGGGCAUAUUUUACCUGUAUCUGCAGGUUCCAUACAGUUAUCCAAUGAAACCUCCCACAGUGAGGUUUAUCACAAGGAUAUUCCACCCAAAUGUUUCUCGUCAUGGAGAUGUGGGUAUUGACUGCAUUCAGCAUAACUGGACAUUGGCACUCACCAUUUCUAAGGUCCUAAUCUCCAUCCAGAGUCUGCUUACUGACCCAUUCUGUCAGAUCUGUAUGGAGCCCGAAGUGGGUCGGAUGUAUCGGAAUGAACGGUCACACUUUGAGGCCAUCGCUCGUAUGUGGACAUGGCAAUACGCCAUGCACGACGUCCUGCCCCCAUGCCCAAACUACUCGUAAUACUUCGCCACACAGCUUUCCUUUAUUUCUUUAUUAGGAUAAGUUAUUUAUUUACAUAACGCUUAACGCUUACAAUAUCAUUAGCUUAACUUUUGUAUUACAUGUAAAUAAGUAAGAUUUAAUAAUGUGUAAUAAAUAAUUACAUACAGA